ACAUCACUGGCUCUCAGCCUUCCGUGUUGACCCGGAAAUGGAUAAUCUUCUUACUUCAACCAAUCGAGAUUACUGGGUUCCAAAAUGGCGUGGGGGAGUUGCUUUGUCCGGCUCAGACUAACCACAAAAGAUGUUUUACGGAGCUCCGUGAAAGGUGGCAGCAGGUGGCCUCACAGCUGCCAACAGAGAUGUGGCUUCAAGAAAGCCACGAGGAAACCAGAAACCAAGAGGGUAGUGGAGGAGGAGCCGGCACCCCCCCACACAGAGUCCUCUGAGACGACAGUUCACCACCGGACCUCCACCCCCCACUGGGACCAGCAGGUGCCACCCAGUUCCCCUCGGGCCUUCGGCCGGCUCAUCAAGCCACUCGUCUUCACUGUGGGGUUUACAGGCUGCUCCUUCGGCUCGGCAGCCAUCUGGCAGUACGAAUCCCUCAAGUCCCGAGUCCAGAGCUACUUCGACGAGAUCAGAGCUGAUUGGCUGGAGAAGCUGCGACCACAGAAACGAGGAGACAUGCGCAAAGAGAUCAACCAUUGGUGGAACAGGCUGAGUGAGGGUCAGAGGACAGUCACAGGGAUCAUUGCAGCUAAUGUCGUUGUGUUCUGCUGUUGGAGAGUACCGUCUCUGCAGCGCUCCAUGAUCAAGUACUUCACCUCCAACCCCGCCUCCAAGACUCUGUGCGCUCCAAUGCUUCUCUCCACAUUCAGUCACUUCUCUUUCUUCCACAUGGCUGCCAACAUGUAUGUCCUGUGGAGCUUCUCCACCAGCGCUGUCUCCAUGCUGGGCAGAGAGCAGUUCAUGGCCGUGUACCUGUCUGCAGGUGUGAUUUCCACAUUUGCCAGCUAUGUGAGUAAGAUGGCAACGGGGAGGUUCGGCCCAUCUCUGGGAGCGUCUGGAGCCAUCAUGACCAUCCUGGCCGCUGUUUGUACCAAGAUGCCAGAAGCCAAACUGGCCAUCAUCUUCCUCCCCAUGUUCACCUUCAGCGCUGCCAACGCCCUGAAGGCCAUCAUCGCCUUGGAUACGACGGGUGUGGUGCUGGGAUGGAAGUUUUUUGACCACGCUGCUCAUUUAGGAGGAGCCAUGUUUGGGAUCUGGUACAUCCUGUUCGGUCAUGAGUUGAUCUGGAAGAACCGAGAACCCUUUGUCAAACUUUGGCACAACUUUAGAACUCGCGGAGGGCCAGGCAGAGGAGGUGAUCAGGGCGGCGCUGUGUAGGAUGCUGAAACACCAGGACUGAUGGGGAACAAACAUUUUAAGACAAAUAAGGCAAUGACAAGCAGAGAAAGAAGAAAACCGUAGGAUCCCUGCACCAUUUGGUUUCAUUAGAAAGAGUUUACAGGAAGCAGGUGGGAGUCAGAGACAGAGCCUGCACUUGAAACAGUGGUACAUGUUUGUGCUUAUAAAAAUAAUUGGCAUAUA